ACAUCCUCUCAGUCUUGAAAUCAAUCUUUGUAUUGGCAUCAACUUCAAGUCUUUUAAUGUGAAUUUGGGAUUUUGAUUAUUUGAUUCCAAAGUUGAUGAUGUUCAAAGGAAUGGAGUUGAUUACUUCUGUUUUUGGUAGAAAAUCAUUCCUAAAAAGAAAAGAUAGUGAUGCAGGGGAAGCAGCGCGAGCAUUAGAAGAACUUAGAGGAUCACUCUACAAUGAACUCCGAACAUCAGAAGGAGCUAAACGUCAACAACAACGAUUAUGUGGCCCUGUUGUCGCAUUAACCUUCAAUUUCUUGGUUUCCGUUGGAAUCAUCAUGGGAAACAAACUAGUAAUGGGGAAAGUUGGGUUUAAUUACCCAAUCCUUUUAACCUUAAUCCAUUACACAUCUGCGUGGCUGCUACUCGCGGUUCUCAAGGCUCUGUCCCUCUUGCCACCGUCUCCUCCAACGAAAACGACACCAUUCUCGCUGCUUUUUGCUUUGGGAGCAGUCAUGGCUUUUGCUUCUGGCUUGGCCAAUACCAGUCUCAAGCACAACAGUGUAGGCUUCUACCAAAUGGCGAAGAUUGCGGUUACUCCCACCAUUGUUGUUGCAGAGUUCAUUCUUUUCAGAAAGAUUGUUUCUUUUUAUAAGGUACUCGCGUUGGCUGUUGUUUCAGUUGGUGUAGCGGUUGCAACCGUGACAGAUUUGGAGUUCAAUAUGUUUGGUGCGUGUAUAGCGAUUGCAUGGAUAAUCCCAAGUGCCAUAAACAAAGUAUUGUGGUCUGAUCUCCAACAGAAAAGAAACUGGACCGCUUUAGCGUUGAUGUGGAAAACAACCCCAAUAACUAUAUUCUUCUUGGUAGCUUUGAUGCCAUGGUUGGACCCACCAGGAGCAUUAUCCUUCAAAUGGAACCUCAACAACUCCAUGGCAGUACUCAUUUCUGCACUUCUGGGCUUCCUCCUGCAAUGGUCCGGAGCGUUAGCUCUCGGAGCAACAUCAGCAACAUCACACGUGGUAUUAGGUCAAUUCAAGACUUGUGUCAUCCUUCUUGGAGGCUACUUGCUCUUCAGUUCAGAUCCCGGUUAUGCAAGUAUUUGCGGAGCCUUCGUAGCAAUUUGUGGGAUGUCAGUUUACACAUCGCUCAACAUAAACGAGACUCGAGACACAAGUAAUCACAUACCUAAGCAAACAUUUGAUAAUCAAAACGAAAAAACUGUAGCUAACGGUGUAUGAUAAUCGAGCUUUUCAAGUUCUAACAUCGCAUUCUGACUAGAAAACUUUGAUACGUUUCACAAUCACAACUGCCCCUCAUGAAUCCCUACCUAGUGUUUAAAAAUCACAAUGGCCCAAACUUUGUAUAUAUACAAAUUGGGUCAGUCAAAAUAUAUCCUAUC